CUCACUUUUGGAGGUGGGUGGUGGGCCCAAGGAGACCACGAGGCGGAGGUUGAGCAAUGUCAGCGAUGCCGUCACCAGGAAACUCUCCUAUACGAUUGGCUGGAAGGCGGCACAGAUACCGGCGCAGGAUAUCAUAUCUCAGGGUCGUUGCCUGUGCGGUCAUUACAUCAAGAGACGUCUGAGAAGAUCCGGUUUGUUCAAUAAAAAGCUGGGACUGCAGCGCAUACGCAGCAUACUGGGCUCCACCUCCAUGGGCAUUGUGCGAGAUGUGUUUCCAGCGGUCCAAGUGGCAAGUGCUGGGCGAUGAACUGGAGCGCAUGCAUCCCAGAGUUUACACCGGAGUAGCGCGGCAGAUUUGCCGAAAUCCGGGUGGUGAGUUCCAUACCCCGGAUGCAGUGAGCUUGCUUUUGGGCGCCGUGGGCCGGGAGCUCUUUCGGGUGGAGAUCACCUGGAGCAAGGUGAUCUCAUUGUUUGCCAUCGCCGGCGGUCUUUCCGUUGACUGUGUACGUCAAGGACAUCCGGAAUAUCUGCCCAAGUUGAUGGAGAGCGUUUCGGAGGUGAUCGAAGAUGAGCUGGUUCCGUGGAUCAACGAGAAUGGUGGCUGGAGCGGCAUCAACACACAUGUUUUGCCCACAACCAACAGCCUGAAUCCUUUAGAGUGGACCACUUUGGUCAUAGGCGUAGUGUUUGGCCUGAUUCUAGUUUUAAUGAUUCUGCGAUUUAUAUUUAACGCGAUUGUACCAAAAAUAUACCAACGGUUUACGAAUUGACCCUUAAAUUUUUUAUUUUGUUCGUUCCUAAUUCCGCACUUUUUAAAAAGUUGGCAAGUGGCUAGAAAGCUUUUUGAUGCUUUUAGCUACAAUUUGUUUACGGCUUGAACAGCUUUCUAGUAUUACUACUUUAAUUAAUAAAGCUUUGAUAAAAGCUUCGUGAAAAAUAAACAUACGAUGCGGAACUGAUAAGGGAAAAAUCCCAGACUAGGUACAAUUUGCAAUGUUCAGUAAUCAGUUUAUCCUAUUUGCAUUUACUUUGCUUGGCUUGUCUGGGUUUUGUUUAAAUAUUUUGUGCAUCUCUGAACUGAUAAGACUUCAAUUUUCACAUAGAAUAGGUCUUCGGCUUGUUUUAUUACAAAAUUUAAGUGAAAAAUCUUCCACGGACUUAUGUAAAAAUUCAAAUAAAUGCAACAGUUAUCAAUUCAUUGGUACACAAUCUUUAUACUACAACACGUGACAAUCUCGCCUUACAACUUUCCGGUUAGUUCGGGCACAGCCUUG